UCCUGUUCUGGAAGAGUCCUGCUGCUGUUUCCGUGGCUGGCAUGCCUGAUGGUCUCUCUCUGUCAUUGCCUGGAGCUGCACAUUUCUUGAAUGAAUGGAUGUGCUAGUGACUCACGUCGGCAGGUGGUCAUAUGCAUGAUUCCCGUCGUAACUGACCAUCUUGAGGGAAUCAUGACCGCCCUUCUGCUGUGGACCACAUCCUUAUGGUUGCAUGAUGAUGACAAUGAUGGCAGUGGGGAACGGGAAGAGGAGGAGAAUGACAGCGGUGUGGAGGAGGGCGUGGAGGAGGGAGGAGGAGGCGGCAGAGGAAUACGUCGUCGCUUCAGAGGAUAAGCAGUCCUGGCCAUAGUGGGCGUUCUGGGCAAUGGGUUGUUGCACCCCACAUGAUUCAUUCCCAGCCUCAGGCAUUCUCUUGCACAAUUCUGAGAAGAAUGUUAUUCUCUAAUCCCUACAACAAUGUUAUUCUCUAAUCCCUACAACAAUGUUAUUCUCUAAUCCCUACAUGUGAUCGAUCAGCUGCCAUCCAGGGCCAAACAAAAUGGCAGUGAAGGAGAUCCCUUGACAAUCAUUGCAGACUGUGACUUGCUGUCCAAAAUGUGAUCACACUCUGAAGUGGAGAAGAUUGCGGAGAGAUUUGCCUGUGACUGCACAGCCUUUCCUGCUGGAGCGAAUGGGAAUGAGCUUCGCAUUCUGCCAAUCAGGCCCACAAGGAUUGUUUCACAAGUGUGACCCUUCCUCUGCAGUUUGUCUUGUACGCACAGACGCGUCUUGCUAGUUUGGAGACAUUUGCGUUUAUGGGUUAGCAUUUGUAUUGUCUUUAUCGCCUUUACGGGUUAGCAUUUGCUCUCUAUGACUCAUGAGGGCAUGCCUACACUGGGAAUGUCUGGGCUAGNGGUUAGCAUUUGUAUUGUCUUUAUCGCCUUUACGGGUUAGCAUUUGCUCUCUAUGACUCAUGAGGGCAUGCCUACACUGGGAAUGUCUGGGCUAGAUCCAGUCAGCACGCACUUCAACCUGGGCUUUGGCAGGAAUUCCUCGUCGAAACGCUUCCUUUGAUUUGUGGAUACGGACGUCACUCCCUGGUCGAUUGGGUCAUCGCAUGGUAAGUUUGAGCAGCAAGUAAGAUCUUUUGCAGGAAAGGCAGUCAUAAUUGCAGACAUACAUACAACCUUCUGAUAAAUCUACCUUACAAGGGAACAUCCAUCGCUUUGCUCUCACUGGAAGGAGGGGGGGGGGCAAGUUGACACCUGUUCAGUCUAUCGAAGAUAGAUUAUGUAUCUUGAGAGGGGGGGGGGCAAGUUGACACCUGUUCAGUCUAUCGAAGAUAGAUUAUGUAUCUUGAGAGGUAGUAUAGUGAAUGUUGGUGUACUACCGGAGCCAUGUCUAGAGGUCGUUCACAUGCUCGGCUUCAUUUUCAGCCAUAGUGUGAUUGUGAGCAGUAGUUUAGUGCCGUUGUGUUGCUACAGCCAUGCUUAGAGAUCAUUCACAUACUUGGGUGUUCGCAAGUGGAUUAAGUCGUGAUUGUGCUGUCAGGUAAGCUAUACUGAAAAACUCCAUCAGUAAAAGCAUCCCGGACAUGGGCAAGUGGCAAGUGGAAAGGCAGUGGUUGUAGCAGGUGUGUGUGUACGAGAGAGAGAGAGAGAGAGAGAGAGAGAGAGAGAGAGAGAGAGAGAGAGAGAGAGAGAGAGUGAGAGCUGACCAGUAUCAUGACUUGGACACACAGAGGUUGGUGCCAGAAACCCAGAGAGAGAGAGAGAGAGAGAGAGAGAGAGAGAGAUGAAGUGCAUUGAGGAGGACGAGGCGAUUGUUGCGAAUUGUCGCUGCAGCUUAUCUAGCUGAAAGGACCUGGGAUGCUUGCUGGCAGCUGCUGAUUUGAAAGUCGAUUGCGCAAGAAAGAGCGAUAAAAAAGAUAGGGGGAGGUGAUUGCUUUAGUGUUGAUUCAUCUUUUGUGGAGACAUGCCAACGAUGCUUGAGCUUGUGUCAGGUUAUCUGAUUGGGUGCUACAUCAGCAGUUGUUGGUGAGAGUAUGCUAUGUCAAAGCGGAUGUGUGUACAUAGUGAAGGGCAGUGACUGUUUCUGGUCAGAAAGAAUGCGGCUCUCUCUCAAAUGAUUCGAGUUGUUUCAAUGUCUCCAUCAACUAAUACCCGUGUAGUAAGCAUUCCAGUGUUUUGUGUGAUAUGCCUUUAUACUGUCAAAUCAAGUUUUCGUGAUUCU